UUUGGGUGGAAAUGGUAAUUCUAUAUUUUAUUUUUUAGGAAUGGAGUUUUUGUUUGUUAAAAAAAAAAAUAAUUGACAGUGUUCCAAUCCAAAGCAGAGAGAAAGCCUCCGUUUUUAAUGAAAGAUUCCAGAGAUAUUUACAUUUAGUUCAUUCAAAGAGACGAGUGACUGAGUGAGUAUGAACCUGUGACUAAUAAUAUGCGAGACCUUUGGAGUAGUUUUUAUUUUAUUUUAUUAUUUUCAUGAAACAAUUAGUGGGUGUGUUGUUCUGGACUCUAUUUUGUUGUGUUUGACUAAACUGCAAGGGUGCGUGUCAUUUAAGUUUUUUUUAUUAUUAUUAUUAUUAUUUAAUUUUUCACCAAAUGUUAAACGGUUGUUGGAAGGUUCAGUGAAUGGAGCCUGAAGGGUACAAAGAUUUCAUAUCAUGGGUGAAGCAAAGGAGAGCUUAGAUUAAUAGAUUUGGUUGAAAAAUGUUUGCUAUGACGUAAAAAGCACUAAGCAGGCUCCUUUGGUUGGCUUUAAAUGUGUCUUUAUUUCAACCCGUUUUUCAAGCAUAUUUUGCUUUUGGCAUUUUGUAGAUUCAACACUGGUCGCACGCGCUUGUAGGUUGUAACUGUUGUGUCAUUUUUUUUUUCUUUCAUGUUGUUAAUGGUAGGUGCUUUUUGUCAAAAUUCAAGGAUACAAGACCCAAUUAAGAUAAUUGAAGUGUAUCUUUAUCUUUAUCAUUUUCUUUUUCCUGUUGUUAUUGGUAGGUGCUUUUUAUGCAAAAUUCAAUGGUACAUUGCCUUUCACUUUUUCUGUACAAAUAAACUCACUGUUACGCAUGCUUUUGUUUAGGCAAUGGCUUCUGAUUGUCCAAGAGAAUCUGAUGGCGCCUCCAUACAAAUGAGAUUGUCUUACAGCCCAGCUGCUCAAUUUUUCCUUUUUCUGGUUCAGUGGACUGAUUGUCACCUUGCUGGAGUUUUGGGAUUGCUGAGAAUUCUCAUAUAUAAGGUAUAUGAAGAUGGGAAGACAACCAUGUCCAUUUAUGAAAAGAAAGCCAGUUUGAAGGAAUUCUAUGGUGUGAUCUUUCCCUCUUUACUACAACUCCACAGAGGAAUCAGUGAUGUAGAAGAAAGAAAACAGAAAGAUUUAUGUGCUACAAAGUACAAGCCAAGAGAUAUAAUAAGAAGAGGAAAAUCAUCUGAAAUUGAUAUAGAGAGAGAAGAAGAAUGUGGUAUUUGCAUGGAGAUGAACAACAAGGUUGUGCUGCCCAAUUGCAACCACUCGUUAUGUAUGAAAUGCUACAGAAACUGGCAUGCACGAUCUCAAUCUUGCCCUUUCUGUCGGGACACUCUUCAAAGAGUAAACUCUGGUGACCUUUGGAUCUACAUGAACAGCAAUGAGAUAGAUGACUUAGCUUCAAUCAACAAGGAGAAUCUAAAAGGACUAUUUAUGUACAUUGACAAGUUACCUCUAAUUGUGCCAGAUCCUAUAUUCAUGUCCUAUCCUCAGCGCUUUCGAUUUUUCCCUAAUCAAUUUGGGUCUGCAUGAACAGCUGUAGAAUUUAAUUAGGCCACUUAUGUACAUUGACAAAUUGCCUCUCAUGGUGCCAGAUCCUGUGUUCAUGUCUUAUUCUCAGCACUUCUGAUUUCCCUUUAGUGACAGAUAAUUUCUACUUCAAAUUCCAUUUGGUGUUUGAUCGUCAGUUUGUGCUGGGAUGAUUCAAAAUGUAAAUACAUGUUGCCUUCAUAGUGAAAUAAUAUACUUUUACUCCAUAGAAAUUAAAGAGUUCUCUAGUCUAAAA